AUGGACAACAACUUGAAUAAAACCUAUAUAACACUUGGUGGGUAUGUAGAGGUGGAAAGAUACAAAUAUUUGUACUUUCUAACCAUUUUCAUGCUGUACAUUCUGAUCAUUUGCUGUAAUUGCACAAUUGUUUAUGUUAUUGUAAUUCACCAAAAUCUUCAUGAACCCAUGUACAUUUUCAUAGCAGCUUUGUUGCUGAAUGCUGUUCUUUUUAGCACUGCGAUCUACCCAAAGUUUUUGAUUGACUUCAUGUCUCAGAGACAGAUCAUAUCGCACACGUUGUGCCACUUUCAAUAUUUCUUAUUUUAUACUUUAGGGGGUGCAGAGUUCUUAUUAUUAGCAGCCAUGGCAUAUGACAGAUAUGUGUCUAUAUUUAAGCCUCUACAAUAUCAAAAUUUGUUGAGGAAAACUACCAUCUGUAAUCUGUUGUUAUUGGCCUGGGUUUUGCCUGGAUGUCUUGUUGCUGGAUCGACUAUACUGACAGCUAAUCACAGACUUUGUAACUUUAACCUGGAAGGAAUUUUUUGUAACAAUUCAAUUUAUAAGCUUCUUUGUGAAAUUUCACAUACAUUGUCCUUGUUGGGUGUCAUUAUUUUGCUCAGUAUUGCAUUUUUACCCUUUCUUUACAUAGUUUGUACCUACACAAGGAUCCUUAUCAUGUCUUAUAAGAGUAGUAAAAAUGUCAGGAGAAAAGCUGCACAGACAUGUUUACCUCACCUGCUGGUUUUAAUAAACUUUUCAUUGUUCUGUGCUUAUGAUGUGAUUGUUGUUAGAGUGGAAUCAGAUAUCUCAAAACCAGCACGCUUAUUAAUGACUUUCCAAGUACUAUUAUAUCACCCUCUCUUUAAUCCAAUUAUCUAUGGCUUGAAAAUGAAAGAAAUCUCCAAACACAUUAAGAGGUUAUUUGAUUGUGCAGUUAUUCCACCCACUUGUGUUGCCGACAUCAGGACCAGCAGCACAGACACAGCCUGUGCACUCGUGAACCAGAAGGAAAGGAUGGAGGUGCUGCAGGUGUUACUGCAGAGGAGUGCUGUGGAUCUGGAUAACUACCAGAAGGAGAUGCUGUGGAGUCUCUUAAGAGAAUUUCAAGACUGCUUCUCAUGUGAGGAGGAUGAGCUGGGGUGUACCUCUCUGGUGCAGCACUCCAUUGAUACUGGGGAGGCGGAGCCCAUACGUCAGUGUCCACGGUGUCUUCCCCUAGGUCGUCAGGCAGAUCAGGUGCUGGAGAAAAUGCAGUGGAUGGGCAUUAUAGAGCCUUCUGAGAGCCCCUGGGCAUCGCCUGUGGUUAUAGUGCCAAAGAAAGGGGGGGAGUGGCGUUUUUGUGUCGACUACAGAUGA